AUGUUCAGUCAACGAUUCUCGACACUUUCACGUUCCAUCAUUGCGGGCAAGAAGUUCGUGGUUCCCUCUACUUCGACAAGCGUUUCCAGUUACCUCUCCCAUAAUCACCGGUGUUUUUCUUCAGCUCCAAACCCGCUGGAUGCAUUCCGAGACUCGGUCGAUCGACAAACACGGGCUAGCGAACCAGUAGGACGACCUUGGUCAGUGAAGGAGCUCCGUCGCAAGUCUUACGACGAUCUGCACAAGCUUUGGUAUGUACUAUACCUGGAACGAAACAUGCUAUUGACGGAGCAGCAGCUGUCAAGAACUCGACAACUUAUAUUCCCACAACCGCAGCGAAUGAAGAAGGUUCAGAAGAGUAUGGCUGCCAUCAAGCAAGUGCUUGGGGAACGAAAGCGUUCAAAGAUUGCUAGCUUUCAAGAAUCUAGAAUGGCGGAGGAAAUGGCUGCAAAUGCAGAAGAGGCCAAUGAAGUUAUGGAGUAA